AUGUCCGACUCCAACGAGACCGGCGCCGCAUCCAGCACCAGCGCCUUCACCGACCGCGAGCUCCAAAUGCUCGGCUGGGCCAUGCAGUCGCUCAAGACCGGUCCUCCCGAGAUCGACUAUGAGAAACUCGCCGGCUUCGCAGGCAUGUCCAACCCGCGCUCGGCCUCCAACGCCUGGGCCAAGAUCAAGGGCAAGCUCCUAGUCAACCCCGACGGCGCCGUCGCUUCGCCUGCGCCCAAGAAGACUGGAGGCCGCAAGAAGGCCGCGCCUGCAGAUGGUGAGGCAGCGACGCCCAAGAAGACUGCGACGCCCCGCAAGCGCGCGGCCAAGAAGCAGGAUGUUGAGGGCGAGGACGCGAGUCCCAAGAAGAAGGGUCGCGCGGCGAAGAAGUCUGACGAGGUUGUUAAGGAGGAGGUUGAUGAGGCUGAAGACAUCAAGGUCGAUGCUCCGGCUGAGGUGAAGCCUGAGCUCAAGACUGAGGCGGAGGAAAUGGUUCAGGAGGAGGUCUAG